AUGGCUGCUGCUGUGUUGGUUGCUCUCCUGGUCCUAUCCUCUAUUCUCUUGUCCACCUAUGCAGAUGCCAUCACGGCCAUGCUCACAACUGUGUCUUCCCAGGCUGUGGAGGUGCACUGCUAUGCUGCCAAGGCUGCAGUGCUCUGGGGCAAGAUGGAGACUUGCAAACCAUAUAAUGAGGUAUAA